AUGAAAAACAUUAAAGUGAUAUUACGCGUUAUAGUUGCAGUCUCUUUUCUAAUAAAUGCGGUGGAGAACGCUGACACGUCGAAAAAUUUAUCAUCAGCAACAAUAUCAUUAUCACCGACGCUGUCAAUAAUACAAACUCAGACGACUCCGACAAAUUCCCAGCAGCAGCAACAACAGCAAACCCCAUCAACAAACUCCGAUGUAGUAAAUGAUAAUGAUAAUACUGCUACUACCACUACACCUGAUAUUACUGUUGAACCUUCCUCUUCUUCAACUGAUGAACCGCAACCAACAUCUACAGACGAUGCUGUGUACGAAGAUCAUACAAAAAUUAUCAUCAAACUUAAUAACUAUUUGAGUAUAGCGAGUAUAGUAGGUGGACUAAUAGUGCUGCUAGUCAUAGCUUCAAUGUGGCAUUAUGAUAGGAAAUUAGUGAAUCGAGUAUCUCUACGAUUAACCGCCGUCAUUUCAUUUGUCGAUAUAUUGAAUGCCAUUUCAAUCAUUCUGUACACUGAUAUUACACCAGCGGAUACACCUUUAUGCACGGGAAUUUCCGCCGCAAUGUCUUUCCUUCCUCAAGUUUAUUUAUUUUUGACCGUAAUGAUUGCAUUCAACCUACAGUUGGUUUUCUUACAUCGACGAAAAAUCUCAAAAUUCUCGGAUCGAUGGUAUAUUCCGGUAGCGAUUUUGGCGGCAUUAGCACUCAAUGUUCCACCCUUGGUACUUGGUCGAUUUGGAUACGACGAACAUUCAGAGGACUGCUAUUAUCGUGAUAGCACCAGCAAGGAGACUUUCUAUUGGCAAUUAUUCGCAUUCAUCAUACCAAUUCUAUUCGCCAUGGUUUAUUGCACGGCAGUAUUGAUUAUCGUGGUAUUCAAGAUUGUAUUUGAAAAUAGAAAAUUGGCCGAGACUAUCCAGACUGGAAGUACCACAAUGUCAAUUAAAGCAAAACAGCAAAAACUACUCGUUUUGAGAUUGGUCAGUCGAAUCUCACUAUACGCGUGUAUUCCUGUUUUGAGUGUUGCUGGUAUCAUUGCGAUGUAUAUUUGGGCACAUCUCACGAGUGCUGAUAUUCCUUUCGGGGUUAUUCUUUGGUCGGUGAUUGGUUCAUGUAUUCCAGCAUUUCUAUUUGAUCCAGCAGUGCAUAAUGCGUUUAAUAAAAUGCGACGAGAACUUGUACAAAAAUAUGGAUUCGAUAUGGAUCAAAUUGGGUCAAUGUCAAAAUCAACAUUCAGUCCACCACCAUCCCCAUUAGCACCAAUCACUCCAAUGUCUCCCUCAUUUCGAAUGUCAUUAUCUCCAAGCUCCCCAGGCUCGGCAUCGCAUUUAAUGCCUCCAACAUCACCCAUGACGCGAUCUUCAUCACUUCGUCCAAUGCAGAAAGAUUUUGGCACUUCGUCAAGCCUUGACAACCAUCAACAGCAACAGCAACAAGAAGGCGACAAUAGAUUCAUGAUUUGGUUUGUGCGUAAAUUCUUGGCACCCAAACAACGUGCCAUUAAUCCAAUGACAACUACCACUUCUUCAUUGCCAAGUUUCACACAUAGCUACAAUUAUAAGCGACCACAACGUGGAGGUCAUCGGCAUACCAUUACUAGCAAUAGCAAAAUAUCAACAUUGGGUCGAGUUGAUGAAGAUUCUAAUUCAAUUGGUGUCGCGAUUUCAACUCCUGGUAAUACAAUUUCAACUGCAACCUCGAGUUACGCGACUUAUGAUAGUAGAAGUAGAUUGACGACAAAUAAUAGUAAUGGUGAUAUGACUGCUUUUCAAUAUGCACGUGAAAAUUCGAUUUAUAGUCAAUAUUAUUGCCCUUCGGAUGAUGUUGAAGCCAUGGGGAGUAGUCGUCCUUCUAGUUCGUUAGUUGACGAAUCUGAAUGGGGAGAAUACGAGAUGACUGUAUUAUAA